AUGCGUCUCCUGAAUGUCAAAACCCGCAAGCUGGAGGAGUUCUUCGAUGAAUCGAUCCCAGACUAUGCCAUUCUUUCACACACCUGGGGAGUAGAAGAAGUUACUCUGCAAGACCUCGAGAACCCCGAUCAUGUGCUGAAGAAGGGCUACACCAAGAUCGAGGGGACUUGCACGCUCGCGGCCAAAGAGAACAUUGAAUACAUCUGGAUCGAUACUUGCUGCAUCGACAAAACGAGCAGCGCAGAGCUUUCGGAAGCCAUUAAUUCGAUGUACCGCUGGUACAAAUCGUCCCAGAUCUGUUACACAUAUCUAUCUGAUGUCCCGACAACAGAAGACCCCUCUGAGUCCAACUCGGCCUUUCGACGCAGUCGUUGGUUCACCAGGGGGUGGACACUUCAAGAGCUGAUCGCCCCGCGAAACCUGAGUUUUUAUGACCAGGAAUGGAAGCCCAUAGGGACAAGACUGGAGUUGGCGGCUCUUGUCAAAGACAUCACCGCCAUCCCCGCGCACAUGCUGUCAGCAGACGCCUCCAGACCCUGGCCUAAUACUGCAGUACGCAUGUCCUGGGCGGCGAACAGGACCACGUCGAGGGCUGAAGACAUUGCCUAUUGUCUCCUCGGCAUCUUUGACAUACAGAUGCCUCUGCUAUACGGCGAAGGCAACCGCGCAUUCCGAAGGUUGCAGCUUGAACUACUCAAGCAAUCAGAGGACGAGUCUCUGUUGGCUUGGGGCCUCGACUCGUCGGUGCAACUGAUAAUCAAACCCCCCGACUGGAGAGGUCUGGCUUCAGUUGCCAAUAGCCGCCAAUCUCGCGGUUUGGGCGUCUUAGCACACCACCCAGGCGCCUUUCGUUCUUGGCAAGGGCUGGAAGCAUCAGGAGAGGACACGUCAAAGUGGCCUCCAAGAUCCAAGAUGCAAGCCACCAACUCCGGGUUGGAGAUAACGGUACCUUUAAUCAAAUUGCGCGGCAGGUGUUACGCAGUUCUGAACUGUUGCCGCUCUGCUCAUUUAGCUGACCUAUUGCUCGUUCCCCUUUUCCUUCAAGCGGGCUCCGGCAAGUCUAAAAUCACGUACUCGCGAGGCCAGAAUAUCAUUUGCGCGUCCUGGGCUGUGCUUGACCAAGCUGAAAUGCAAACCAUUAUUUUAAGCACUGUGGCAGAUGUUGCACCAGGAUCAGAACACCUUCAUGACGAGUUUCUCCCUCUACAAACUUUACAGGACGACGUCCUGAUAGUCCGACUGCAUGAUGUGGCUGCAGAGAUCACCAUGGCCGUCGAUCAUCACAUUGCGCGUGAUGAUAGGCCUCCUAUUAUACCAUUCUUUGUUAGUACUGAUCACAGUCUUGACAAGAGGAAAGUCCAAUGGAUCAACGACCACGAUCAUAUCGUGCGGCUGAAGGCGACGAGCACUUUACUUGCGUCAUAG